GUCAUAAUUCAUAAAACAAAACCACUUAUGAAGUUACACACUGUCUUCAGCUUUACCUUAGUUUAUAUUUUGCUGGUAAACUCACUGGAGUUUCCUAGUGUUGCUGCAGAUGUUGGCAGUGUCAUCAGUGAAUAUCUAUUUGAACAACUGCUGAAACACAGAAACGAUGCUGUUUGUGAGGGUAAAGGGUUCUACACCUACAAUGCUUUUCUCACAGCAGCAAGUUCCUUUGGUGCUUUUGGCAACACUGGUGAUUUGGACCUUCGUAAGAGGGAGCUUGUGGCUUUCCUAGCCCAAACCUCUCAUGAGACCACAGGAGGAGCACCAACUUUACCAGAUGGAUCAUAUGCAUGGGGUUAUUGCUUUGUGACAGAAAGAGAUAAAUCCAACAGCUAUUGUGAUGGGAAUGCACCAUGUCCCGCAGGAAAAUCGUACUAUGGUCGAGGGCCAAUUCAACUGACUCACAAUUACAACUAUGAUCUAGCUGGAAAAGCCUUGAAGUUGGACUUGAUAAACAAUCCAGAUUUGGUAGCCCAAAAUGCAGUGAUAUCAUUCAAGACAGCUAUAUGGUAUUGGAUGACACCACAAGGUAAUAAACCUUCAUGCCACGCCGUGAUAACUAAAGGGUGGAUACCAUCUGCUGUUGACAGAGCAGCUAACAGAGUUCCAGGUUAUGGUGUGAUUACCAACAUCAUCAAUGGAAAAUAUGAAUGUGGGAAAGGUCCCAUUGCAAGCUCAGAUGACAGGAUCGGAUUUUAUAAGAGAUACUGUGGCAUUAUGGGACUCGCGCUUGAUGCCAACUUGGACUGUAGUAACCAAAUGCCCUUCGGUUAACUAGUAAAAAGAAUAAGAAACUAUAGUCCUUCGGUGAUUCUGAAUAAAUUUUCCUUUGUAAGCUCAAGUGUAUGAGUUUAGCAAAAAGAAUUGCUCUGGUCUGUGUUUUCUCCAUACUUAAGUUCAAAUUAAGUUGAUUAUAAGUCUGUUUUUCUACGCACCUUCAAGGACUUCUUCCUCCACCAUUAGAAUUGAUCUUUCCGUUGAACUUAGUAGAGUCCAAUGUUUGCCCCAAUUCAAAUCAAAUCAUGUUAAAUUAGGCUUAGAUAUAAUGAAAGGAAGUAUGGUGAGGUCUAAUUGGAGAUGAUAAAAAUACUUAUGUUUGUGGAUAUUUAGGAAUAAAAUUUACAUGGUAUAUGCUAAUAUCUAUUACA